AUGGAGUUUGUCAAUAGAUUGGUGUUUGGGAUAUCAAUAACAAUAGUUUUGAGUGCUAAUUUUGCAGCUAUGGAUGUCACCAGUUUUCAACCAUGCAAUUUUUCGACAAUUUACAAUUUUGGCGACUCAAAUUCCGAUACAGGCACUCUGUCAGCUGCUUUUUAUCCUAUUCCACCACCCAACGGUCAGACUUUCUUCAAAAUGCCCGUUGGAAGAGUUUCUGAUGGGCGUCUCAUCAUUGACUUCAUAGCUGAGCACUUGAAACUGCCUCAUUUAAGUGCAUACAUGGAUUCAGUUGAAGCUGAUUUCAAACAUGGUGCCAACUUUGCAUCAAUAGGGGCAACCUUUGUCAAUUGGAUGGAGACCUUUUGGCAACAUGGUGUGAGCCCAUUUAGUGUCAAUACUCAGAUCAACAAUCAUUUUGAUCAGUUCAAAAACCGAACUAUUGACCUCUACAACCAAGGCAAGGUCGAUAUAAGCACACUCCCAAAUCCUAAGGACUUCUCAAAUGCUCUUUACGUGAUUAAUAUCGGGCAUACUGAUCUUUCUGUUGGUUUCCGGAAGCUAAGCACUGAGCAAUUUCAAAAUACAACAUUAUCAACUAUGGCACAAAACGUCACUGAUUAUGUCCAAGCUUUGUAUAGAAUGGGAGCGAGGACAUUUUGGAUACAAAAUGCACGCCCUAUUGGUUGCUUCCCAAAUAGCACAUUGUCUAUUAAGAAUUCAAAGUUGGGUUUUCUAGAUCAGAAUGGUUGUAUCAAGAGUCAGAAUGACAUUGCUAUGGAGUUAAACAAGCAGAUUAAGGACAAAGUGAUCAAACUAAGGACACAACUCGCAGAUGCCGUGCUAACUUAUGUGGAUGUUUAUACCGCUGAGUAUGAUUUGAUCAGCAAUGCUAAGAGCCAAGGGUUCACUGACCCAAUGAAGAUAUGUUGUGGGAUUUACGAGAAUGGUGUUUAUGUCCAAUGUGGGAAAAAGGAAAACAUAAAUGGCAAGGAAGUGUAUGCCGGUUCUUGUGAGAAUCCUUCAACCUAUAUUAGUUGGGAUGGCAUACACCACACCGAAGCUGCAAAUUAUUGGAUUGCUAAUCGCAUAAUCAAUGGUUCAUUGUCAGAUCCACCAAUUCCAAUCACCCGCGCAUGUCACAAGUAAUAAAAUUACUCUAAUGUAAUCUGAGAGAUCAUAAGUUUGCUUUCAUUUCGUUGUUUGUUUCAAAACUCUCACUAUCUGCAUUACAAAACUUUUGGACUUCAAAAUGAAGAUUUAGA